AAAAAUUUACUUUUAUGUUACAUCGUCUUUAAUCGCAAAGCUUGUGAUAUAGUUAAACCUAUAAGAGGAGAUCAAGUAAUGACAUCAAAUCAAGAUACAAUUUUGGAGGAAGAAAUUCAGAGUGAUGAACCGACACAGAGCAGUUUUAAAAGUAGAUUAAGCAAUGUGAUACGAAGAAGUAAACGUUUCAUGAAAAGAGAGUCUAUGAUUGAAAAAGAAAAUGAAGCUACAAAUUUAGAACACAGUGCUAAUGUUUCACAUUCAACCCAAAAAGAUCCAGGUCCAAUUGGAAACGGAAGAAAAAUAAGCCAAACAGUUUUUAGUCAAGAACAACAAAUACUCAUAGAUGGUAAAGCUAUUAAACAAGUGGAAGUAAUUGGUGAAAAAUCUCCAGAACCAAUGGAUUCAAAGAAACAUAAGAAAUUAAUUCGUAAAAAAUCGACUGACAAUGUUGAACUAAACAUUGCGUGUCGUAACUUAGGAACAGCUGACUUUGAAGGAUGGCUAAUGAAAAAAGCUGGUGGGCAUGGCUUACGCCCACUUACCUGGAAAAAGUAUUGGUGUGUUGUAAAACAUGGUAAUAUUUAUUGUUACAAAACAUCUUUUGAUAUUGCUGCUGAUUAUGCAAUACCUAUCAAAAACUUCUCUAUUGAAGAUGCCGAUGAGAAAAAAAAAGUAGCUUUCCGAAUGAAGCCACAUGACGAAGUUACAAAACCUGUUAUCUUUGCUGGUGAAAAUGAAGCAGAAAUUAAAAAAUGGGUGGAAAAACUAAACUUGGUGAUUUCUGGUAUUGAUAUCUCAGAGACUAAAGUAGAUAAUGCAAUACCAGAUUAUGAAGAUAGAAAAAGAGUCUACAGUACAAGUCAUCCGAAAGAUGUUAAGCGGCAUGGAGCUUUAUCAUUUUCUUCAGAAACAACUGGAAUGCCUGGUGGAGUUAGUACACGUACUUCAAGUACUUCAAAUCCAAGAGCCAGACUUUCUAGUAAUAGUUCAAAACCUGAAACAUGUUUGGCAGUGGGCUCAAUGUUUUCUUCCAUUGCUGAUAUUGAGGUUGAUACACCUACAAAAGAUGUACCUUUAAAUGAAAUUUUUCCACAAGUUGCAGUUGAAGUAAAUGAAGCUGAGAUGAAAAAAAAGGCAGAUCUUGAACGUUUAAAUGCAGAAAUUGCAAAACUUAAUGCUGAUAUGCUAGUUUUAAAUUCUAAUGGUGAGUUAAAAAGUCUUUCUUUACCCAGCAAACCUCCAGAAUACAAAGUUGAAACAAAAAUAGAAUCUGCUGCAGAAAAAAUAAUAGAAUCUAAAGAAUCACCAGAAGACUCCAUUGGAAAAAUAAUCGAGUCUAAAGAAUCACCAGAAGAAUACAAAGCAGCGUCUGUUAAUAAAAUGUUAUCAUCAAGCAAUUUUGUUGAUGAAGACACAGUUAAUAUUGUCAUUAAGGAUGAAGAUAAACAUGAAAUACAUAAUAUUUUAACUAACUUAGAAGAGAAUGAAAAACAAUUAGUUUUUGAAAACAUCACCGAUAAACCUCUUUCUGGUGAAGAAAUAAAGAAUGUUUUGCCAGAGAAUGCUGAAACUGGAGAAGAGAAAACCGAUUUACUUGAUUAUACAAAAAAUGAGGAAGCAAAUAGCAAUUUGUUGAAGAAUUCUGAUUUUGAAGAAAUAACGAAUCCAAUUGAAGAUUCAAAAACUGAAGAAGUAAAAGUUGUAAUGAUUGAGGAAAAUUAUAUAGAUGAUAAAAAUAGUAUUUCAGAUGAUGGUAAAUCUGCAGAAAUAACCACUGUAUUGAUUGAAGGUAAGAAAACCGAAGAAUCAACAAAUGCUUCAAUUCACUACACUGAAACUGAAAAAAUGACCAGUGAAUUGUCUGAGGAUGGUAAAACUGAAGCAAUAGUUAUUGAUAUGACUGAAGAUAAAAAAGUUGAAGAAUUGACAAAUAUUAUGUUAGAGGAAUUUCAAAUUAAAGAAAUAAGUAGUGUUUUGGAAAAACAAGUUGAUGGAUUAAACAGUGAUUUGAAUAAACAAGUUGAAGAAUUAAACAGUGUUUUAAAGAAACAAGUUGAAGAGUUAAAAAAUCUUUUGAUUGAGGAAAAUGAAGAAAUAUGUAACAGUUUGACAGAAGGUGUCUCUUCAUCAGCUAUAGAUAAUGAAAAAUUCAGUUCAACAGAUUUAAGUGCUUCUGAAACUAUUAGUUCAGUAGAUUUGCAUGUCUCAGAAACUGUUGUUAUUAGUGAACAGAUUUUCCCAGAAUUACAUGAUGAUAAAUUAAACAGUGAUAUGGUUUUAACACCAACAACAGACUAUUAUGAAACAAUAAAAGCAACAGUUGACAAUCAAAACCUUGAUUUAAUAGAAAAAGAUUUUUCAGAAACAAGUAAUACUCUUCGGGUUCAUUUAGAUUCUUCAGAUUUAUUUAAUGCUACCUGUAGUGUGGAAACUGUAGAAGAUGAAAAAAAUUCCAAUGUUUAUCGAUCUGAUGAUAUUGCUAAUCCUCUUUUACCUGAAGCUUGUUCUAAUAUGGCUAAAUUAGUUGAUGAAAAUGAUAAUCAGAAUACAGACACUCAAUCUGAAGUCAUUGAUUAUUCCAAUCGACUAAAUGAAAGUGAAAUAAGUGGUGAUGAAUCGGUUGCCGUUGUAAAAGUUUUAAUCGAGCAAGCUUUAUCAAAAUCCGAGGAGUUUAGUGCAUCUGAAGAGGUAACCCCUAUUACCAUUUCUUUAAUUCCAAAUACACCUGAUAAUAAACAUUCUUUCUCUGAAUUUGUGGAAGCCGAAAAUUUACCUUUACAAGAUGAUGGAAGUACUAUGGAUACUAUACAUUCUAUCGCAAAAAUUGUUGAGCCAAAAAUUUCACAAGAUGAAAAAGAUAGUUCAUCUGAUGAAGACGAAAAAGAUAUUAUCAGUAAUGAAAAUAAAGAUUUAACAAAAUCUUAUGACCAGGAUGAGAAACCCUUAACUAGUUUACUUUCAUCGUAUGAAAAUAACAAAAGAGCUUUAUCACUUAAUUUUGGCGAUGAUUUAGAGAUUCCAGCAUUUAUUGAUACGAGUCUAAGUGACGAUAUUGCAAUCCAACUUAUAACAAGUAGUCCUAAUAAAUCGGAAUCUUUGGGUUAUUUUACAAGCGUUGAAACGUCAUCUUGAUUCCAUAAAAAAUUUUAAGGUUCUAAAAGUAAAUUUAAUAUAUUUCUUUUUUGUGUGUGUGUGUGUGGAAGUUGUUUUAAUUUUAGUUUUAGUUUUCUAGAUUUGUGUUAAAAUCCAAAAAAUUUU